AAUAAAAAUAGAUAGCAAUUAAAAUAUUAACAUUAUGGAGCAAACGCCAACCGAACAUCAUAAGCGCUUAGAAUAUUGCACGACGCGAUUGCAAUAUCGACAGGGCCGCGAGCUGAAAGCUGUGAAAGUGUACACUGUUGCCAGCGAGUCCCGGCAUAUGUUGGUUUUUGGCGUGCCCAAAGUCAAUCUUCACACAGAAAUAAAGAAUAAGCUGCAGUGCUUCGGAAAAUUGCGUUCCUGCACAUGUGUGACCACCGAAAUGGCAGAAACAAUGGAAUUAGAGGCAUUUACAGAUGUAUUUGCGGUACAGUUUGAUCGGUUGGAGCAAGCGCGGCGGGCUAAACGACAACUGGAUGCUAAGCAAUUCUUUGGCGGCGUACUACACAUCUCCUAUGCGCCGGAAAGAGAGACAUCUCAGGAGCUGAGGGAAAAGCUGGUACAGCGCCGGAAAGAGAUUGCCUAUCGCAUCCAGCGCAACCUGGCCGAGCAGCCGCCUCCCGCCAAAAAAGCGGUAUAG